GGGGGGGGGGGAGAGAGAGAGAUUGGCCCUGAGUCCUCCAGGCAGGUCCCAUGGUUGGAGGGGGGCCAGAAGCUGGGUCUCCCCAGUGCCUGCUUACUCCCUACCUGCUGGCUCACUGUCCCCGUAUUCUUUUACAUUCCCCUGGCCCUUGACAGUCUAGCUUUUUAGGUGCAGGAAGUUGUUUGUUUUUGGUCAGAGGACCAGUCCGGCUGGGCACUCAGAAAUGAUUCAACCAGGUGUAAACCUGGUUGCUUUGGCUGGCUUUUUCCCAUUCCCCCCCCUUCUCUCUCCUGUAGCAAAAGAUUCAGUCUUCUGGAAAAACCAUUGCUUCUCCAACCAAGCGAGCACACCACUUUGAGCAGGAAAAGAGCCCUCGGACAAGUCCCAGCCCCACGGAUUUGCCGACGUGUUUGCAGGCUUCCCUUUCUGCAUUCAGGAGAAGAGGGGGGAGAUGAUGGCCAGCCUGAAAGCCUUGAGCAACGUCCAGGGGAAAAGUGUGUGGGAAUUUUGUCCAAAGAAACUGGGAGGGGAGGUGCGAGAGCCGGGCGAAGGGUUGCCCCGGCAGUGGCAAGACCUGGUCCUCACCGCAGGCUACCUGCAUGCCGGCUGGGGCGGCAGCCAGGGGCCGGAGGAGCCCAAACCCUGGGACGACACCAAGGGCUUCCUGGCCUCCUUCGAACAAGUGGCCGAGGCUUGUCGGUGGCCCCGGAAAGAGUGGGCAGCCCGGCUUUUGCCCUCCCUCCGCGGAGAAGCCGAGCAGGCUUUCAGUAACCUGGAGGCUCGAGACCGGCAGGAUUAUGGGAAGGUGAAAGCAGCCAUCUUGCACCGGGAUGCCCUGAGCCGGGAGAAGCAGCGCCAGCACUUCCGGCGUUUCCGCUACCAGGAGGCCGAGGGGCCGCGCGGGGUUUACGACCGGCUGCAGGCGCUGUGCCGUCAGUGGCUGAAGGUGGAGAAACACUCCAAAGAGCAGAUCCUGGAGCUGCUCAUCCUGGAGCAGUUCCUGACGGUCCUGCCCCCGGAGAUCCAGAGCUGGGUCCGGGAGCGAGGCCCUGCGUGCUGCACCCAGGCGGUGGCCCUGGCCGAGGAUUUCCUCUGGAUGCAGAGAGAAUCUCUGAGAUGGGAACAACAGCGGAUGACAGCAGCUGUUCCCUCGGCCAAGGCAGAACUGGAGUCAUCUGAUGGCGGCGGGAGUCUACCGAGCCCGUUCCCUGAGGAAAAGGAGAAAGCUGGAAAUUCAUGCAGUGAUGUCCGGCAGAGUGAGAAUAGCAGGGAAGUCCUGAAGGUUGCAUCCAAAAGGGCCGAGCCGCAAAAGCUGGAAGAGAUGCGUCCGCUGAGAAGGACGAGGAGAAACUAUCUUACAGAUAAGUGCAAGAAAAAUACCGCUUCCCAGACUGUGGGGUUCCAUAACACUUCCAUCCCUGAAGAGAAAUCUAAUGAGAAGAGAAAAUACAAGUGCAACGUCUGUGGGAAAUUCUUCAGUUAUAAGUCCAGCCUGAAGAUACACCUGAGGAUCCACACAGGGGAGAAACCGUACAAAUGCCUGGAGUGUGGGAAGAGCUUUAUCCGCAGCGACCUCCUUGCCUCGCAUCAAAGGAUCCACACUGGGGAGAAGCCGUACAGCUGUUCGUAUUGCGGCAAGAGCUUCUGUGACUUGUCCACGCUGAUCAAGCAUCGGAGGAUCCACACCGGGGAGAAGCCGUACAUCUGCGUGGAAUGCGGCAAGAGCUUCAGUCAGAAGGCGAUCCUGAAUUCCCACCAGAGGAUUCACACAGGAGAGAAACCCCAUAAAUGCACCGAGUGUGGAAAUAGCUUUAGCCGGAGCACCUACCUUGCUUCUCAUCAGAGAAUCCACGUGGGGGAACGAAUGUAUAAAAACACAGACGGCAGCAGGAACCUCCCUGAGCAGCCAAAACUGAUUCACCCCCCGAUCAUUCAUGUUGAGGAGAAGCCCUAUAAAUGCCCCGAAUACAGCCAGAAGUUGAAGCAGCACUCGCCGUGCCUGGCCCACCAGAAAAUGUAUGCAUUGGGCAAAAGUAUCAGUGUUUUUGAAUGCGGAGAUAAAAUUCAGCUGGAAGCAAUGGCUUGUGAGACUUCAGAGCAGCCUAGUGAUUAGCCCCUGAGCUGGUCACCUAUGGCGAGGGGAAUUUUCCUCCUGGCGACCGGAGAAAUCCCCAAUCCACUGGGAUUAAAGCGACAUGCGGAACUGCCGCUGCUGUGGGAGGGGCAAAAGAUUUGAACUCUCUCCCCCUUUCAAAGUUGUUAACUGGAGAGCUACAAGGUGCUACUUUUUGGGGAUGCCAUGGUUAGCUAUAAGUCUCUCAGGUUUUAGCGAAGAAGGCAGUGCUACCUCUUCCCACCCUUCCUUGCCCCUUGUUCCCAAGCCUGGCUCGCCAUUUGAUGAGUCUAAAUAAAUUUGGUCAAAUAUUGGCCCCAGCAAUCAGUGGAUACUGUCAAUCAGUGGAGAAAUAUUUUCAAAGUAUUAUCUUUUUAUUAAAACAAUAAAAGUGACACUGGCUUUUCUCAGUUCCCUGUAAUUCAAA